UACUCAACUAAUAAUACACUACCGUGCCGCAGAGAACGCUUUCUUCCUGACGUCAUAACCCGGAUAAGGACGUCGCAUUAGUAGGUGAACGCCCCUUAGCCUAUGUACUCGCACUACUCAUGCACUCCUGCCUCCAUAUUUAUGAAAUUCUGCGGAACAUUUUUUCGGCCCUAAACAAUUAUGAAGACAUCACGCUUGACAUCCAGCAACCAUCCAGAGUCAACGACGUAGAUAUUCGACGCCAGACUCUUGCACGUCUCGCUAGGACUUGUCGCACAUUCUCGGAUCCUGCUUUGGAUGUACUUUGGGCUCACAUAGACACUCUCAGCCCAGUAGUAGCAUGUCUCCUCAGGCACGUAUGGUCACGACGUCGUCAUGGUCUGAGGCUAAAUGGUCGCGUUCAAGAGUCUCAUUGGCGGGCUAUCGAAAAGUACCUUACGAGAGUUCGAGCUCUUGGCGUGGGGCGGAGUGUCAUGCGUAUGGAUGACUUCUCUCUAGAACUCGUACAUACCCUCUGCGGUCAUCCCUGGCCUUUCCUACUCCCUCGCCUUGAAAAACUGUUCUGGUCGGACAGUAGCUAUGAAUACACUCGCCUCCUUUCCGACCUUCUCAGCCCCACCCUGACUGAGCUUCAUCUACACGCGAUGGAUAACUUGUUUAUGCGUUCGAUUUUACCAAACCUGGGAGUUACAUGUCCCCUCAUGAAAUCCUUUUCCACCACUGGCUUAGAUCCAGCUUCAUCCGUCCCAGUUUCAACAGCAGUUGUAUGUGGUUGGCACCAGCUCAAGACCCUUAGCACAGAAGCGGUUGAUGGACCUGCCUUAUUCCGCCUCUCCACUCUUCCAUCCCUCGAGCACUUGCAACUCUCAUUUCUAUCACAGAAUAGGGGCUUCUUCAAAUACAGUCCGACCACAUUUUCAAACCAUCUUCGCCAUCUCACAAUCCGCGCUCGGAGUCCCGAGCUAUGCGUACCCUUCCUUGAAGCAACGUGGAUACCUGCGAGAAGUGUUUACAUUUCUCUCGGGAACAUCCCGCGAUCUUACAGCAACGAAACCUUUCUUUUACUCCUUGCCUCUCGUGUAACAGCACAACAAGUGCAAGCUCUCUCACUCGAUUUGACUUGUGAUUGGCUGCUUACAAUCACCGAAAUCAUGCCCCUGUUCUCAUUUUGCGCGUUGGAAGAACUAACGCUUCCAUCAACCUCUAGCAACCUCACUAUAAACGACCAAGACCUCAUCAGAGCUGCGAAAUCGUGGUCCAAGCUCACAAAAUUACGUCUGGGCGAUGAGGGCAGGUGGACAUCACCAGUGCGUCCUCAAAUCACCCUGCACGGGUUUGCUAGUCUGCUCUUGCAUUGCCCACACUUGUGCACUCUUGGCAUCAGCAUGGACGCCACCUCAUAUAAUGUUGUGACGCCCCAGGUACCAGGGGGUGGUGUAAUCAAUACUAAGAUCACCACACUCUCUGUCGGGGCAUCGCUAAUCGAGAAUCCGUUGGCUGUCGCCGCCUUCCUCUCCUCCGUCUUACCAAACUUGAACAACAUUCUGUCCAAGGUCGACACCGACUUCAUGCCAAGUCAAACGGAAAGACGUCACGCGAAGUGGGCGAGGACUGCAACGUAUCUGCGAGAUGUACACAUGAUCAGGAAGCAGGAGCGGGCCAGAUUGGGGAUCCGUACUAGGGUCAUGUAGCGCAGAGUUUGUAUUUCAGGAGGGAACCAUUCGAAGUCAGAAUAGUGGUUCCUAGCGAUGCGCGAUUAUCAUGAUGUAGACUGAUGCGCA